UCAUUCGAGAAUGCCUCAGUGAAAUUAUCGAUGGAGAAAGUGAGAAUAAAAGAGAAAGACAAACAGACUGAGGGGCAAAGAGAACAGAAGGGAGAAACAAUAGAGAAUCAAAGCAUAAUGAUAUUCCUAAAUGAAGAGGGAAAUGUUGCCGCGCUCAUUUUAUUAAUCAGACUGUCAAUUUCACCCCAGAGGCCAAACCCAAGAGCAAUCUUAAGCAGACUCAGAUCAACCCAGGGACACGCGCUCCACUCCUCACUUCUCCUCUUCCUCUCCACUUGGAUAUAUAUUCGUCUGACCGCAGGCCGCCUCCAUCAUCAACUGACAGCCUUCUCGUAUUUAUUUGCUUAUAAACCUGUUACAAUAAAUGAUCAUUCGAGCAGCGUCACGCGCACCUUAACGACGAGCAGCAACCACUUUUUGAUGAAUGACAUUUUGGGCUAGAAAGGAUGCACGGGUCAUUUUAAACAGUCAUUCAUUGCUCGCAUUGGCAUUCUUCAAUUUUUCCCCCCGUCUCGCUCAUAAAAAGGUGUUAUAUUAUUUAGAGACAGUUGCUGAGCUGAAUGCGGAUUAGCUCCGCCACAACUCAUCGGAGCACCAGCCCUGGAAAUUGUGUUUCUUUCUAGAAGGCUUAAUGAUGGAGAGGAUAAGAAAAGAGAUGAUUCUGAUGGAGAGAGGUCUGCACAGUCCCGUGCCUGGGAAAAGGCUCUCGAACCUGUCAGACUCCGCUGGAAAUUCAGUGUUGGAGGCCCUCGAAAAUUCUCAGCACAGUGGUCGUCUAAGCCCGAGAAUAAGUUCCGCCUCGCUUCAUGGAAGUCUAGGGGAUAUUCCAACCAAAGGCAAGUUCGAAAUCGACAGUAUUUUCGGUACCCACCACAACAGCGAGAAUACUUCCUCCGCGGAGAUUUCAUCCUCAGAAAGCAGAAAGAAAAUUCACUUAUACCCAGAAGUUUCUCAAGACUCAGAUAUGAACAGUGAUGUGGAGGUGGGAUGCCCAUCGCAUCGCUCUCCGAGCCAACACAAGGAAAACAACAACAAAGGGUUUUCUGACAAUAAUUCUGGAGGCUCCAACACAAGUUCAUCCUCCCUUUCCAAUCAUAACGGCAAUGGAAUGAGCUCAAACAUGUCAAAUGCCGAGACUAGACGGUACCGGACUGCUUUCACCAGAGAACAAAUAGGAAGACUGGAGAAAGAGUUUUACAGGGAAAAUUAUGUCUCAAGACCCAGAAGAUGUGAACUGGCCGCAUCACUGAAUCUACCUGAAACUACAAUAAAGGUAUGGUUCCAGAACAGGCGGAUGAAGGAUAAGAGGCAACGUUUGGCGAUGUCUUGGCCCCAUCCAGCAGAUCCAAGCUUUUACACCUACAUGAUGACGCACGCGGCAGCCACCGGAAGUCUACCAUACCCUUUCCAUUCCCACAUGCCUCUGCACUAUUACCCGCACGUUGGUGUCACAGCAGCUGCCGCUGCCGCAGCUGCGUCUGGUGCUGCAUCGUCACCUUUCGCUACCUCCAUUCGCCCUCUCGAUACUUUCCGUGCACUCUCCCAUCCUUACUCACGCCCAGAGCUUCUCUGUGGCUUCAGGCACCCAGGACUUUAUCAGUCACCCGCAGGCCUCAAUAGCUCUGCGGCAGCAUCAGCAGCAGCGGCAGCAGCAGCAUGUGCAGCCGCGGUCAGCGCGCCAUCAGCCACUGGCCCAUGCUCGUGCCUCAGUUGUCACAGCAGCCAAGCGGCCAGUGCGCUAGGCUCCAGAAGUACCAACUCUGACUUCACCUGCACAGCAUCUGGGCAAAGAUCCGAGAGUGGAUUUUUGCCGUAUUCUGCAGCUGUCCUGAGUAAAACCUCGGUUCCAUCACCAGAUCAGAGAGAGGAAUCUUCACUAAACAGAUAACUCAUCACUGGAACUUCUAAAACAAGUUCAGUUGCUCAUGUUUUCUGCUCUGUGGUUAGUUUAUACAUCCAUCUAUGACUCCAAUAUUUGGGGGACAAAUAACGGUAAUUCCAAAACAAUUAGGCUAACAUAAUUAGCAAACACUUAAAUAUUUGUUUUUACAAUAAACAAAGAUUUGCUAGGCACUAGGCUAUUCGGGAAAAAAAUACAAAAAUUUUGCAUUCAACAGAAAUAUAAUGUUAGACGUUUUAAACUGCCAAAAGUGUGAACAUUGGUAAGUGCUAAAUUUACAAUAAUUGAAAGGACUAUUUUGUUAGUGCAGUGGUGAUGAAGCUUUAUUUUUCUUCAUUCACACCUGGAUUCAUGUGCCUUAAAACCUAGACAUAACUAUCUAAUUCAGUGAUAGGCCCACGGUACUUGUUUAUUAAUUCGGCCCACGGUACUUGGUUAUUAAUUCGGCCCACGGUACUUGGUUAUUAAUUCGGCCCACGGUACUUGGUUAUUAAUUCGGCCCACGGUACUUGGUUAUUAAUUCGGCCCACAGUACUUGGUUAUUAAUUCGGCCCACGGUACUUGGCUAUUAAUUCGGCUUAUCACAUCGACUGUGAUUGACUAACUAAUGUUUAUUGUUCGUCAUUAAUUAAAACAAUAGUUAUUUUCAAUUUUCAAUUUUUUGAUUCGUAGGCUAAUCAAAAUUUCAAAUUAAUGUCAAUGAACACAAAAGUAUCUAAAUCAAGCCACAUCCUAAAUUCGUUAUUUAUCAAUUUAUGUCAAUAUAUUUUCACCAAGUAGGCGAUCUAAAUUCUAAUAAUAGCCUAUACAUUUUUCAAAAUACCCAGUUAUAUCUUGGUAUUAAGGCACUGUAAAAGUAACCAUUGUUUCUUGUCGUCUGCAUUUAUCAAAUAGAUGCUGGGCAUUGCUUUUCUCUGUUAAUAAAUAUUUUUCCGUGUAGUCUCGUUCUUAAUGUAGGUUAUGGUGAGAAUCAUAUUUACAAUAUGUGCCACAACAACUGAUACUACUGUAUAAUGACCUUAUUGUAAAACCGGUACAGCUCAAGGGACAUUCCUAAUCUUCAAGUAAGGUGUAUAGAAUUUUGCACCUCUUCUAUGCUGUCAAUUCUGAUGUUAAUAAUGAGAGGAUUAUGACGAAAAUUGCCAAUCAUGUACCUUGAUGGACCUUCUUUGAAUGCAGAAUUGUAAGAAAGUUCCUCGUUCUGAGACCCGCUGUCAAGUGCUAACAACCCGCUGAGGGAAGUCAUUAGACAAGACAGAUAAAAGACCUGGAACAUAGAACGUUGUUCUUGGUGCAUAUAUUGUACAGUUUUAAAUGUGAUAUUCGUUACCUGAGACGUUUUUAUUUAUUUAUAUUACUCCUUAGAGCCCCAUUUCCAAUCUUCGUUUCUGUUCUGAACUUGGACGAACGCCCUUUACACUUUUCCUGUUAUAUUUCCGUUCUUACAUUGCUGAUGUUACGCUGAUGCGAGCAACCUCAUUAAAUCAAAACCGGUAUUUCCAUACACUGUACUCCCAAUAGGGCCCCUUCACUCAGCAUACACAGUAAUGGGAUUAUCUGAACAAGCCGAAAGAUCAGACAAAUAGCUCUCGCAUCUCUGUCUGCACUGCAUAGACUACAUGUAAACCUUUCUUCAUGCCAUUUCUGUUACCUCUUGUCUUGAGGACCACAACCUAAGAGACUUAGGCCUAAUUGUAGGGAACAUCUGUAAAUUGUAAAUUGUGAGAUAUUUUGUCAUAUCAUGCAUAGCCUCGUUAAAAUAGUUUUAAACCAAAAUAUUGACGGCUGUUGGAUUGGAAAAUGACCCAUGACGUGGAAAUUGUAUUAUUAUUUUUUUAUAUGUUUUUCAAAAUAAUUUAUGUGACUUGUUGAAUGUUUAUUUAAUUUACAUCGUAUACACUGGAGAUUGAAUACAUGCCUAUAUAGCCAUCAUUCUAGACAAUGCUAUUAUAAGGUAAAAAUGGUUAUAAGGCAACUACAAACCAAACGAGUCUUAUGUCAUGCAAGUAUUUUAGGAGCCCAUAAAUGAAAAAGGAGAGUACAUUUUUGUACAACAUUGAAAAAAGGGUUUCAAGGGCUGAUAAACGAUAACGGAAACCUGUUUAAAGGAUAGAACUAAUGAAAUACAAGUGUACUGCCCUAUGUCCCCAGGGUCUGUGUGAUACAUGGAUGUGUACAUUUUAUCUCUGUAUUUAAAAUAUUAGCCUACUAACUGUAUGAAUUUACAUAUUUUAACUUGAGAAAAAAUGUGCAAUAUAAAAAUGUAAAUCAUGUUAUUUAUUGAUGGUGUUUGUUCUUGGGAAAUAAAUAUUUAAAAAUCGUCGAA